AUCACACGCAACAUCGUUAAGCUCUUUUGAUCAAAGACGUCGUUAGACCUAAUUCCACUUUUCCAGGUUCCAUUAAGCUCUCUUCCCCAUUUCUAUUCUUCUUCUAUCUUCCUUCCACCUUCGCCGAAUCUCUACGAUCCGAUACCAAAACCCUAACUCUAACCGAAAGACACCACUCUCGUAGAUCUCUCGCAAACUCGUUUUCCCCAAGCUCGUUUUUCUGCAACCCCUUCCUUUAGAUUCUCUAGGGUUUCUACAAACCUCUUCCAUUUCUUCUCAAGGCCGUUAAAUUGGAUUGAAUGUCCGUGUGGCGACAACUAGACAAUGACUUCAAGCAUGUUGAAUGGGGAACGAAGGUGGGCCUCUUCCACCAGAAGGGGCGGUAUGACUGUGUUAGGGAAAGUUGCUGUUCCAAAACCUAUAAAUUUACCUAGUCAGAGGUUAGAAAAUCAUGGCCUGAACCCAGAUGUGGAGAUAGUGCCCAAGGGUUCCCUCAGUUGGGGCAGUAAAUCACCAUCUUCUGCAUUAAAUGCAUGGGGUUCUUCUCUAUCUCCAAAUACCAGUUGUGGUACUAGUUCACCCAGUCAACUGAGUGCCCGUCCAUCAUCUGGUGGAAGUGGAACCCGGCCUUCAACUUCUGGUAGUGAUAGGACUUCUGAACAAACUACUGCAGCAUGGGGGUCAAACUCCCGACCUUCAUCAUCAUCCGGGGUACCGACGUCAAGGCAGACUUCUCAGACAUCAUUGCGUCCUCGCAGUGCUGAAACAAGGCCUGGUAGUUCAGAAUUAUCUCGAUUUGCUGAACACGCGACUGAAAACUCAGUGGCUUGGGAUGUUGCUAGAACUACAGAAAAAUUGGGAAUUAAACAAUGCAAGAAUGAUAGUUUUUCUUUGAGCUCUGGAGAUUUUCCUACUCUUGGUUCUGAAAAGGACAAAUCUGAACCUGAUUUUGAGUCCCAAGAUCAGGGUUCUCAUAUUCGGCCCGACUCUUCCGCUGUACUUGGGAAAGAGAAAAAUGAGACCUCAACUGUCGAUGAUGUUCCUGUUCAUGCAAAUACGAAGUGUGGAACUGAAAAUUCUUGGAGAAGAGACGACCAGGCAUUCAAUGAAGAUGGUAUGAGGCCCGGAAUAGAGAAAUGGCAGGGGAAUCUCCAUCCCUAUCCUAAUGCCGGUAUUCUUCCUCAGCACUUUGAUGUUUGGCGUGGUGCUCCAGUAAAUAACCAUCAACGUGAUUUUUGGUUCAGAGGCCCACCUAAUGGUCCUUUUGCAACUCCUGUUGCUCCAGGUGGCUUUCCAAUUGAACCGUUUCCAUUUUAUCGUCCACAAUUUCCACAUACUGGUUUUGCAAAUCCACCUCAAGUUCCUCCUCCUGGAAGUGGUCCAAGAGGGCAGCAUAAUAAUGGGGAAGUCUACAGGCCCCAUAUGCCUGAUGCUUACAUUCCUCCAGGUAUGCCAUUGAGGCCUGGUUUUUUUCCUGGCCCUAUGGCCUAUGAAGCCUACUAUGGUCCUCCAAUGGGCUAUUGUAAUUCCAAUGAACGAGAUGUCCCUUUAAUGGGAAUGGCAACUGGAGCUUCUGUUUAUAAUAGGAACCCAAUUCAUAACCCACCCGAGCCUGGCAUUUCACAUGGUAGAUCUGGUGGACAUGGUCCUGUAGUAAAAUCAUUGGCAUCAGAGCCGGUAGAAUCCAGUCAUACUCCUGACACCAGACCAUACAGAGUUCUUCUUAAGCAACACAAUGAGUUGGAUGGAAAAAAUGAACCAACAACAAACUUGGAGGGCUCGUUAACAACGAAUGCAUCACAUGCCAAUGAGAGGGACCAAUCAAGAUUGCCUGUCCAGGAGAAUGAUCACAGAGGGAACAUGGAGAUGGAUUUAAGGAGGAUAAGUGCUCAUAGCAAAGAAGCUUCUUCUCAAACAUCGGGAAAUCAAGGAUCUAUUUCUGUCAAGAAUACCAAGUCACUUGAAAGUGCUGGAAGCUUUGAUAAUAUUUCAGAAAGGAAAGUGGAUGUUGUCAGUUCUAAUAAACUAGGAAUUGCCUCAAGACCGUCCGCCCCUAAAGAUUCUACUCUGAUUCAAAAGAUAGAGGGUUUAAAUGCAAAAGCCAGGGAUAUUUCAUCCACUAAAAGUAAAGAUGAUAGGAUGAAUAAGUUUCACACUGGUAGCCAAAUGGAUAAUGAUGCAAGUGCUGGUGUUGUAUCUCUUGAGACAACCCUUGCCACUGAAGUAAAAAAUCCAACAGUUCGUGGAGUGGGUGCUUUUGGAGGCGAAAAGAAUUUGAAGUCAUCAACUUUCAGUGAAACACCUACAUCCAGGCAAGUUUCUCAUGGCAUGCACGGCAGACGCAACCAUCGUAAGGGGAGGCUGGAUACUCAAGAUGUUGAUGGUUGGCAAAAGAAAUCCGGGGUCAUAGAUUCUUCAUCAUCAUCAGGUACACAGUGGGAAGCAUCUAGCAUUCUUGUAGGUGAGCAUCAAAUAUCUGUUGAUGCCUAUGAAAGGUCUGGGUCGUAUAGCCAAGUAAGGCGCGAAGGAGUAUCUGUGCAAAUAUCUGAUUCAGCCAAUAGCCAUGAACAGCAUGCUAUGACAAAAGAGUUAUCCAAGCAGCAGACGAAGCAACUGCAAGUGGAAGAGGAGGAGCAAACUAAAAAGCAAUGGGCUAAGUCUCUAGUAAAGUUAGAGGAGGUAAACAGGCGCACAGAAGCAGUGGAAGGAUCAAUGCAGAAAGCGUAUGCUGCGAAUUCUCCCCCUCAGAAUAGGCAAGAAUUUCAACUUUCUGAGUCCGCAACAGUAUUGAGAGAAUCCGGGAAUGCCAAUUCCUCUGUAAUGCCUAGUGAUGAUGGUGCAUGUCAGAAUGUUAUGAAUCCUAAUCAGUCGGCAACCUUAUACCAGAAUGUUAAUUGCGCUGAUGCCACAAAAUCUUUACAGUCUCAAAACAAUGUUGCCUCAAAGCAGAGAAGAACAGGUUAUAAACAAAAGCAAAAUCUUUCCGACCCAAUGGCUUAUGUUAAUGUAUCUUCCAGCAUUGCUACAAAUGAAGUAAGUUCAGCCUUACCCAUGAAUUCAAUUUCUAUGGUUGAGUCACAUGGGAACCAGAAAAAGAGGAAUAACAGGAAUAAGAAAAACAAACAGAAAGUUAAAGAUAUUUCAUUCUUGCCUGCAUUACCAACUGCAAUGUUGAAGGAAGCUGAUCUGUCUAGUAGCUCUGUCGAAAAUAAACCCAGGGAAGACAUCGAGUUAGAUCAGGGAUCACUUCAGUCAUCAUCUUUGUAUAAAGAUCCAAACCAGUAUUCAGAACAAAAAUUUUCAUUAAUUGAAGAAUCCUAUGGUAGAACGAAUAACCUGUUGAAAUCACAGCAUUCUCGUAGGAUGCCAAGAAACAUGCAGGCUAAUAGACUAACAGAGAAAUCCCGUGGGAGUGAUGCUUUGAUGUGGGCACCUGUUAAACUACCGAACAAGGGCAUCUUGGAUGAAUCAAGUGAGAAAAGUAAAAUUGAGGCGAUUGUUCCUGCAAAGAGUGAACAGCAGGUCAUCUUGGAUGAAUCAAGUGAGAAAAGUAAAAUUGAGGUGAUUGUUCCUGCAAAGAGUGAACAGCAGGUGCAUAAUUUAAGAAAUAAGAGGGCUGAAAUGGAGAGAUAUAUUCCAAAACCUAUUGCAAAAGAAAUGGCUCAGCAAGGAAGUUCACAACAAACGGUAUCCUCAAUCAGUCAGGUUCUUACAGAUGAGUGUGUUGAAAAAGUUGAUUCUGGUUCUGAAGGUCCCCAGAUAACGCAGAAUACUAUUUCAGGUGCUGAAAUAGUGAGUUCUGUCCUGGAGUCUAAAAUUGGAGUUAGCAGGCAAACUAGGGUUGGGAAGGGAAAAUCACAUGGAUCAUGGCGACAAAGGAAUUCAACAGAAUCAAAAGAUGUGCACGACAUGCUAGAUGGAGUGAACCAUGGUUCAGACUCCUAUCAAAAUAUUCAGAUACCGAUGGAGCGUCAAAAAGUGCAGAUGUCUGAAACAAGAGGACAAUGGAAGCAUGCUAAUAACACCAGCAAACCUGAUGCCUCAAACAAUCUAGAGAAUCAUGAUUCAGCUGUUUCAGUUUCUGUUCCUAUUAUUAAAGAUCAUAAAGGAACGGUCAGGGAAAGGCAACCGUUUAGGCGACAGAAGGGCACAGGGGUGAACCAUGACGUUGAUCCACCGAAAAGGGCUGGGGGGACAAGGAAAACUGAAACACUGAUAUCAUCUUCUGUGCCAGAUAUGAAUGCUGUUUUGAAGGAAAAUCAAAGUAUUGGAGAUCGUGGGUCAUCACACUGGCAACCCAAAUUUCAGUCAUCAAAUAAUCAGAGAGGAGAUAGACCCAAGAGAAAGGAGUUUACUCAUGGUGGAUCAUUUCCAGAUAGUAUAGACAAGGAUUCUAGCUUUCUUGCGGCACAACCUCCCCGCCAACCAGUUUCUGAGAAUAGCAUGGAUAGAGAAGCUCCAAAUUUUGGGAAUGUGGAUGUUAAAAGAGAGAGUAGAAAUGCUCCGCCAGAAGGCCAUUCCCACUCCUUAAAUCAGGUAGCUGUUAGCUCAAGUGAGCAGGCUCCAACAAGUAUGGGUCCUAGGAUUCAGCAUCACCCAUCAUCUGGGGUUCGCCGAAAUGGAAAUCAAAGCCAUUUCGGGAAGGAACGUGAAUUUCGGGAAGAUUGGAAAACACAUGCACAAGACAACAGAUAUCAUCAAAACCGGGAAAGACAAGGCCCUCCUCCAAACUACCAUCAUGAGUACCACUCUUUAGGACCACAUGGAGACAGCAAAUCUGACAACUUUGAACGACCUAAAGAUGGUUACUAUCAAGCCCGGGGAAGAUUUAGGGAGAGGGAUCAAAUUCACUCAAGACGAGGUGGUGGAAACUAGCUAAAGUGGUGGUUUUGAUUCAAAGCUGUUAAUGAGUAGUGGCUAUACUCCAGCACGGUUUGUAUGCUCCACUGGUCCACCAGAAGCCAUACAUUUCUUUAUCAAUGCUGCUCAGCAAUGAUCGUUGAAUCCUAAGUUAUGAAUGAUAAAUGCAGUUGCAUCAGUUAUGUUCUGAUGGUUGGUGGUCGGUAGGCGUUGAGCAGGCGUUGAGCAGGGCUACGAAUAAUGAAGAUGAAGCCUCCAUCUUUGCAGGCUGGGGAGAGUAAUAGUUUUCAUGGCUCCCCUGUAGUUUAUUAGUUUCUGAUUGAUAGUUAUUUGGUGGCAUGACUUUUUUUUUAUUGUUUCACCGUGCUUCUCACUACUUCCUACCGAACACAAUGGUCCAUUAACUUCACACUUUCUGUUCCCUUUCUUUUUAUUUGUAUUAUUAUUUUAGGAAUAUCAACUACUUGUUUAUUUUUAAUAAUUUAAUUAGAAAAUCCUAUACACAAUUAAAAUUA